AUGAUCAAUAUACGACAUUUAAAGAACGCUAUGUGGGAUUUCCUCGAAGAUUCAAUCCCGAGCGCAACUAAUCCGGCGUCCCGAUCACCUUAUUCAGCUGCAUCCACUUCUUCCGCACCGGAACCACCCUCACUUGCUGGAGACCCCGUGGUCGACCAAGGGACUAAUUUGCCUGAUCUAGCAGGUAAUCAUGACGAACACGCCAAAGACCAAAAACCUGUGUCCCAUGUUCCUGGGGCAUGUAGCUUCAGUGAACUAAUUGACAGCUUAUCCAGUCGAAUCAGUUGGCAAAUGGCAAAAGAAUUGAGUAUUUCAAUCGCUCUCAACUGUCUCUUGCACCUAUCCAACGAAAAACCUGUAGAUCCCCACGGAAGUUUAAAUCCCUUUCCUGUGAUAGACUUUGUUAGCGGCCCACGUCCAUCCAUUCCAGACCAGGACGGUGAUCAAGUUGGUGAGAAUCCAAUAGAGGACUUAGAUGAGGGACCAGAUAUCUGCAUAAGCGAUGACGAUGAUCUUGGUCUCCCGUUUGAGCGUGCUUUCACUCAGCCCACUACUGUUGGUUUGGAAUAUGGCUUCCCCGGUGACUUGGAAUUAAUCUCACAACCCCGUAAAAUCGCU